CAUGCGCACCAUCACCUUCUACGAAGACUACUUCAACAUCACGUACCCUUUGCCCAAAGAAGACAUGGUGGCUAUCCCUGACUUCGCGGCUGGGGCCAUGGAGAACUGGGGUCUCAUCACAUACAGGGCCGUCAGGUUGUUCUUCACCGCGGGGGUCACCAGCAACUCCGCGAAGCAACAGGUCAUGGUCGUCAUUACACACGAACUGGCUCACCAGUGGUUCGGGAACUUGGUCACCAUGAAAUGGUGGGAUGACUUGUGGCUAAACGAAGGAUUCGCUACGUUCUUCAUGUACUUUGGAGCCGAGGUUAUUGAACCGAACUGGGACAUGUAUAACCAAUUUGUCGUGGACGAAAUCAUGCCAGUGUUUGAGUUCGAUGGCCGUGUGACGUCACAUCCGGUCUAUGUUGACGUGGAGAGCCCGGAAGAGAUUGACCAAAUAUUUGACUCAAUCUCCUAUAACAAGGGAGGGUCUGUGAUACGGAUGUUGAAGUUCUUUAUCGGCGCCGGAACGUUCCAGAGGGGCUUGACGCGAUAUCUCCUGUCCCGCGAAUACAGCAACGCCGACCACGACGAUCUUUGGGUGGCACUUGGAACGCAAGCCGAAGAGGAGAAGAAGACUGCCGUCGUGGUGGACACGAUGAAGACGUGGACCCUGCAGAUGAACUAUCCAGUGGUCACCGUGUCCAGGGCUGGCCCCAAGAUGAUACGGCUCACGCAGGAGAGGUUCCUGUUUGACCCUGCCUCUUCAGAUCCCGGCAAAUAUGUGUCCCCGUAUAAUUACACCUGGAACAUCCCCUUCACGUUCACCACGAGCGACCAGAAGAAUUUCGACGUCACUGACGCCGACAUCAUCUGGAUGCUGAGAAACGACACAGCAGAUGUUUAUGACACCACCGUUACGAUACCGGACCCGAGCGAUGAGUCGAGUUGGAUUCUGGGUAAUAUCCGUCACCAUGGUUACUAUCGCGUCAGCUAUGAUGAAGACAACUGGAAGAACAUCAUCAAGCAGCUUAAAGAAAACCACGAGGUGAUCAUUCCAAUAAAUCGAGCUCAGAUCAUCAACGACGCCAUGGACUUAGCCAGGGCUGGUUACCUGGCGCAGCUGACUGGAUUACAGACACUGGAAUAUCUGUCGGCGGAGUUGAACUACUACCCGUGGAGCACGGCCCGAGACAAGCUGGUCUACAUAGACACCAUGAUCCGGGACACCGAGAUAUACCCCGCCUUUCAGGUAGAGUGGUGUGAGUCGGCCCGAGACAAGCUGGUCUACAUAGACACCAUGAUCCGGGACACCGAGAUAGGACCCCGCCUUUCAGGUAGAGUGAGUGAGUCGGCCCGAGACAAGCUGGUCUACAUAGACACCAUGAUCCGGGACACCGAGAUAGACCCCGCCUUUCAGGAAUUCCUGAGAUCGAGCAGCGACGCAGCCUUCAGGUUUUAUGGUUUACGGACGCCAGCAGAAGGACAGAUAGAGUCGUUUGCCCAGCGUGAGGUGUCCACUGCAGCAUGCAAUGUCUACAACCAGGACUGUCUGCAGGAGGCCAGGGAUCUGUUCCUGGCAUGGAAGGACAACCCACAGGAUAACAAAUGA